GCAUCCAGCGAGCUCACCCAGAGGAAACCAGAGCCGCUUGAUUAAACCCCCCUGCUCUGCCGGAGAGAGGCGUUUGGAAAAAUAAAGGCCUUUUGAAAAAAACCACAAAAAAACCCCCCAAAAGGUCUGACAACUGAAGUCGAUCUUGGCGCGGUUAAAACAAGACGGAGACGCGCGAGGAUUAAGACACUUUUCAUUUUUGAUAUCUUCUCAUCGGAGCCCACUCACACGGCCGCCAGCAUGAUGUCCUAUCUGAAGCAGCCGCCGUACACGGUGAACGGACUGAGCUUAUCUACCUCAGGGGUGGACCUGCUGCAUCCAUCCGUGGGAUAUCAAGCAACGCCUCGCAAACAGAGGAGAGAGAGGACGACCUUCACCCGGGCGCAGCUCGACCUGCUGGAGAAUCUGUUCGGCAAGACCCGGUACCCAGACAUCUUCAUGCGAGAGGAGGUGGCCUUAAAGAUCAAUCUGCCCGAGUCCAGAGUCCAGGUGUGGUUCAAAAACCGGCGGGCCAAACACCGCCAGCAGGCGCAGCAGAGCCAGAGUGGAGCGCAGAACAAAAGCGUCAGCAGGCCGGUGAAGAAGAAGAGCUCUCCGCUCAGAGAGGCCAGCUCGGAGAGCGGGGCCAGCGCGCAGUUCACGCCGCCCUCCAGCACCUCGCUGCCGGCCGUGAGCAACAGCGCGGCGCCGGUGUCUAUCUGGAGCCCGGCCUCCAUCUCCCCGCUCGCCGACCCGCUGUCUACCUCCUCCUCCUCCUGCAUGCAGCGCUCCUACCCCGUGGCCUACAGCCAGGCGUCCGGCUACAACCAGGGCUACACGGGCUCCUCGUCCUACUUCGCCGGGAUGGACUGCGGCUCCUACCUUUCGCCGAUGCACCACCAGCUGUCCGCCGCGGGCACCGCCAUGAGCCCCAUGGGCAGCGGCGGGGUGUCCAGCCACCUGAGCCCGGCCUCCUCCCUCUCCUCGUCGGCGUACGGCGCGGCGGGGCUCGGCUUCGGCGGCGCUGCGGACUGCCUGGACUAUAAGGACCAAACCGCCUCCUCGUGGAAGCUCAAUUUCAACACGGACUGUUUGGAUUACAAAGACCAGGCGGCGUGGAAGUUCCAAGUGUUGUGAGGGGAGACCAAUUAAAAGGGACACUUUUCAUAAAAAACUGCAGACUUCACAGGCGAGCGAAAGCCCCGCGGUUGGGAAGCAGCGAAAGGCCCCAACUUCUACCUCGGGCAGGGCCGCCAGCCGGUCGUCUCACUCGUUGGGUUAACUUAUUGAACCUUCAGACUGACUUCUCCCCAACUUUGAUCAAGGACACGGAACAAAUGUGUUGACCAAAAGGAGAAAAAAAAAGGAUCAAGAGAGCAAAAGAUCCAAGCCUAACUUGGCUGAGUUUGAGGAAUAGGUCAGGUUUUCUUCUAAGCUCCUCAAAGACUCCCCUCUCUUGUCUUCUUCUUUUUUUUUUUUUUUUUGAUUUCGUUGGCACGCUGAAGGGCCUCUUUGAUCAAAGCGAUGUGCAUGAGUGUGUGUGUGUGUGUGUGUGUGUGAGGGAGAGGGGCAGCUCUGACAUAAACCUGGAUGCACUAUUUAAUUUAUGAGAAAUAUGUUUAAGACUAGUUAAAAGAGACAAUCAGUCCGUUUGCGAGUGCUCAUAAAUGUCCCCCUGUGUGUUAAUGGAUGGUUAAUCUCCCCCCUGUGUUAGUUUUAUUUUUUAAAUAAAUUGUGAUUCUUUGUACUACACUUGCAUAUGCAAUUUUUCCUUCGCGCGCACACACGCCACGAACCCCCCAGCCGGGAAUCGGAUCAUCUUUAUUUCCUGCCUAUAAGUGGUCAAUCAUAUUCAGGACACAUCAGUCAGGAGGUGCAGGGCAGUGGGGAGGCCACAAACACACUAAACAACAAUAAAGACCACUUGACCAUGA